CAUUACCGGUAAUUUGCCGGAAUGCUGCGCUGUGUGAACGCAGAAGGAACAUUGCCGGAAUGGCACGUACGAGUCCUAGAACGUGCUGACGUAGGGUGUGUACUCCGGCCAAUCAGAACAUUCCUACGCUGAUGACGCAUUCACAAACAGCUGACUCAUUCACAAAUAGUAGAGCUACAAACAGCUGACGCGCGGUUUACAAAAAUAAAAGAAAUGGCAUCAAACUGGAACGACAAUGAAAUUAAAGUCCUUCUCUCUAUCCGAGCGGACGAAGAGAUUAGUCGUCAUAUAAAAGGAACCGUUAGUGAUGCGGUAACCUAUGAUAAAAUAACAAACCGUCUGCGUGAACAAGGCAUCCACAGAACCAAGAGUCAGGUCAUUAGCAAAUUAAAAACACUACGGCUAAAAUUUCUCAAAGUAAACGAUCACCAUAAACAAAGUGGAAGUGGCAGAAUUUCCUGGGCCUAUUUUGAUCUUUGCCAGUCUAUCUGGGGGUCUAGUCAUUCUACAAACCCCGUGGCAUUGUCCAGUAGUUUAAAUUCAGUUGAUCCUGAAACUAACGCCCCCGAGGACUCGUGUGAAGGAAGUACUUCGACUCAAAUGACAGAAACUCAGGUACCACCUUCUGAUGCUGAGCAGAUGGACUGUGUUACAGGUUUCACUCAGCCACCAAGGAAGAAGGCAAAAAAAAACAAAGAUCACAUUGUUGACUCCAUAACUACAGUGUUACACACUAUGGAAACAUCAUUCAGAGAGCAAGAAGCACUCCGUGUUCAGCAGCAACGAGAGUAUGAAGAAAUGUUGCGCAAAGAGGCAAAGGAAGAGCAGAAGGAAGAAAGGGCAAGCAUGAUGGCAAUGUGGAAGGAGAUGAUGGAGUUCCAAGGGAACCUCCUAAAGGACAUUAUGAUGCGUCCACCCCUGGCAACUUCUCUUCCCUUAAAUCCACUGUACCAACAUCCUCACAGCUUCAAUUUUCCAAGCCCUAGUACUAGCUACAUGGUACCAUAUCACCCUCCAGGACAAGAUGAAGAUGCCUCUCACCAUCCUCAGUUCAAACCUUCAUUCUUGGAAGAUUUGCAAGACUAAAUUGAAAUAAAACAGUUCACUUCCAUUUUAAAUAAUUUUUUAAUAAGAAUUAGUUGAUUAUAUGUGUUAUUAUUGCUUCUGUUUCCACAAACCAAUAUGUAUUUUGUGCAGUACAGUAAGUAUUUGUUCUAUCCACAAAAGUAUAAAUGUUCAUAUUGAGUUGAUACCAUCUAAAUAUUAUUUAUGAUGAACAAAAUAUGUAACUAUAAUACAUUCAUAAAAUGUUAAGAUUUUUGUUGCUUCAUGGCCAGCUAAAAUAAACAGUUUAAAUCC